UCCCUGGCUGUGCCUCUAUGGCUCCCUGUGAAAGAGGGGGUGGUUUCACCUUGGGGGGGCACAUAGCAACAUAGCACCGAGCAGGCCCCAUCCACAGCAGCCCCUCCCUGCCCCCCGGUGCAGACCCCACACAGAGAAGGCCUCCAGCACCCUGUCUGCUCUUCCCCGGGAGGAACCCCAGUUUGCAGAGGGCGCAGAAAGGAGCAUUUCUCCGGCUCUGUCAGGACCCAGAGGGUCUGGGUCACAGCUCCAAGGCUGAUGCGAGCCAACCUCCCAGAACCAGAGGCAGGUCCCAGACGGCUGGGGCUUCCCUGCCAAGGCCCCGCCCAGCUCCUGCCCCUCCCCCGACAGAACGCACUGUACCAGUCGUGCCACGAGGACGAGAACGACGUGCAGACCAUCUCCCACAAGUGCCAGGUCGUGGGACGGGAGCAGUACGAGCAGAUGACGCGGAGCCGGAAGUGCCGGGACCGGCGGGACCUCUACUACCUGGCGGGCACGUAUGACCCCACCACGGGGCGCCUGGUGGCGGCCGACGGAGCGCCCAUCCUGUGCUGAGCCUGGCCGAGCGGGGCGGGGUUCGAGGCCGCCCCCUGCCAGGGGAGCGAGCGGGGAGUCAGCAAAUAUGCAAACCCACCCGGGCAAGGCCCAGGCUUCGCAUUCCUUUCCCCGGGGAGCGGGCGCUCGUGGCGCCCCUGGGUGCCGGCGCCCGGCCCCUUCCGAGAGUCAUCCCGCCUCUGCCGGCCUGGCCCGCGCUGCACGUCCCCAUCGGCAGUUCCCGAGAGAUUAGAAUCCAAGCCAUAUUUUCCCUAUACCUCCGACUGUCUCCCACCAGGGAAAGCAGAAAUCAGGUGUGUCGUCUAUUUAUUCCUCUAUGUAAAUAUUGUGUUUCUGCGGGAAGUUUUAUGGAAAAAAUAGUGGAAAAGGAUUUUUUUCCCCACACGGGUGACGAGGGUGUAUGUGCAUGCGUGCGUGUGCGUGUGCGUGCGUGUGUGUGUGUGUAUGUGUGUGUGGGUUCUGUUCUGGGGGUUUUCGUUGAAAAUGCACUGUUUUGCUCAGCCUCGCUGAGUUCUGACAGGGGCGUCUGUGGCAACAGAAGCGGCUGGGGGUGGGGCGGUCACAGGAGGGUGGACGGGGACCCUCGGUCACAGUGCUGAUUGUGGGACCGUGUGGGAUGGAGUCACACUGGUGUUUAUUCCCUUUUGAUCCACCUACUAGGAGAAGCGUGGCGGGGAGUGGGGGGGGGGUCGACGGUGUCGACGUGAGGGUCCCUGGGGAGAGAAGGGGUUCCAGAGGCUAAAAUAAAAACCAGGAUCAGCUGGUCCCCCCAGCCCGGGAUUGUGACAGCAGCCAUAUAUGUAUCUUACCUCUGUUUAAAACAAAACAAAUAUGAACAAAUAUUUUAAAGUAUCGAUACGAAAAAA